AUGGCGUCCGCCUCACCGCUGCUGCGACAGGAUUCGCCGAGCAUGGUUCGAUUUUUCCUUGCCGACUUUGUUGAGCAAGCGGCGACGAACCAGGGAAUUUCCUUGGAUGGCCCGUCUCGUCCUUUCAACGGCAGGGCGGCCCACGAUCCGCCGCUGCUCCGACCCCAUGGUCCUCCAAAUCAUAUUCUCCUGUUUCCGGGCUCGUUCAACCCACCCCACACGGGACACCUGGCGCUCCUGAGGCACAUUCUUUUCGCCCAAGGCCCUGGUGUCUCGCCCAUAGGUGCGGUGGUUGUCCUCACGGACGACGUCAAACUCGCCGCCAAAAACCACAGGGACGAGAGGCCGUUCUUACUACCAAAGGCGAAGAGGGCGGCGCUGUGGAGGCAGGCCAAUGUUCCCAGGGAUCGCGUCUGGGUCUUUGACGGGUCCGAGGACGAAUGGAAGAGACUCAAGGGGGAGCUGGACACGAUCCUGGCCCGGAAUGGAAUCAGUCUCCCCUUUCACUUGCUCGUCGGCCCCGACUGGAUCAGCGUGAGGUCCGUCACGGAUCCCAGGAGCUGGGGGUGCCUCGAGGCGGUGACGAGCGACAUCUCUCGACGGGUAGAUUUCCGUUGCCCUCACUCUCUUCGCCAGCUUCCGCGUUGCUCCGCAUGGGUCCCGAGCGCGCUUCCAGAUACGGUGCCAAGCGAGGCGGCUGUGGACGGAUUUUGUGGUGAGCAUGUCGGGCAAGGGCCGCCAACGAACCGCCAACCCAGGCGGCAUCUCGCUGAGAGGGGAAUCCACGCAGCCAUCGAUGCACCUCGUCGGACGACUUGGGUCUGCCAAACCCUGAGGAAGCCCCUGCGCCGGUACCGCUUCGUGCCAAGCCAGACGGCCGAUCCCCCGCCACGACCGGCGCCGAGCUCGACGGAGAUUCGGCGCAUCGUGGCAACGUGCGACGAAGAAUUGCUGGAGGCGGAACUGGAGAAAACAGCACUCGGCGCCGCCCUUUUGAAAGCAUACGCGGUCCAGCAUGGACCGUACUCGUCCCCGGUGGCUCGUGAGAAGUCACCGGACCAUGUGACGAAAAAGACGCUCGCCGACAGAGCCGUGCAAUGGUGA